AUGGGCGGCGCUCCAGGUUCUGCGCUGCCGGCGCCCUUCCAGGAGGCACAGACAGGCUCCCUGAUGCAAGGCGCCGCCAAGGCGGGCGAGCCGAUCCCUGGCCGCUUCAUCGUGUCCUUUGACCACAACACCACCGCUGAUGAAGCCAUUGCUGGCAUACACAAGCGCGUUCGCUCCCUGGCCGACGCGGCCGCCCGCAAGGCGGCUCGCAAGGCCAAGCAUGCAAAGGGCAGGGCUCUCGCCGGCUCCCAGGACGCGGCGGGUGAAGCAGAUCUGUCGACCUUCCAGGUCGAGCACAUCCUCGGGAAACCCGAAGCUGAUCUGGCGGCGAUGACGGUGCAGUCCGCCUCCGUCGACGGCGCCGCCGCGGGCCCAGGCUCCGGCGGCGCCGCAGCCAGGAUCGACCCCCGCACCCCGGGCGGCGGCCGGCGGCGCCGCCCGCCCCAUGCUGCGGUGCUCGUGGUGUCGCCGCAGCUGGAGGGCCGCGGGCUGAUCCGGGCGAUGAGUGCAGCACCGGGUGUGAGGGCGGUGGCGCAGGACAGGGUCAUCAGCAUCGCCGCAGAGAUGCCCGUCGCGGCCUCGUCCAUCGAGUGCGUCGCCCCCUCCUACCUGGCCGGCACCGUCGCCACGCCCGUCGGCCUGGACUGGCCGGGCUGCUGGCAGGAGGGCCUCACCAAGGUCGCCUGGUUUGGGGAGCGCUGUAACGCCUACAUGACGGGCACCCGGUGGCUGGGCAUGUACGCCUACCACGCGGCGAACAGCACCCUCGUGCCCGGCUGCGUGCGGUACAGGUCGCGGCGCGACUUCGACGCGUAUAACACCGAGAACUUCGGCGGCUGCGGUGCGGCGCCGCAGGUGGCCCCGCAGCUGCCCACGCAGCUGUGUGCUGUUCCUUCGGGCGCCAAGCGCGGCGGCGACGCGCCGGCGCCGGCGCCGGCGAGGCAGCAGGCGUGCCUGCCCGCGGAGGGCACCGCCGAGUGGGCGGCGACGCUGCAGGAGCCCGUGAAGUGCGGCGGCGUGGCGACGGCGUCCGCGGUGUUCCGCGGCGUGCGCUGCGGCCCGGGCAUGCGCUGGGUACGCUGGUCCACCCUGGUGCUGCCAGAGGGCGGCAGCGCCUGUCGCUUCAGCCGCGACGCGAGCGACCUGCGGUGGAACGCGCAGUGGCUCGGGCAGGCGGCGCAGGGGCGGGCGCGCUGA